AUGAGUUCAAGAAAUAAGAUUAGUUUACAAGAUCUAGAUGAUUUUGUUGACGAUGACAAUAAUGAAGAAUACAACGAAAACUAUCAACAAGAUGCUGAUUUUUUUGAUCCUAGAGUUGGUGAUGACAGUACUGGUCAAAACACACCAGUUUUUGAUGAUGGAGAGAUGAAACACGUUGUUAAUCAAGUGGUUAGAUUAGCAUUAGCUAAAGAGUUAAAUGGGAAAAAAUUAAGAACAGAUCAUAUUGCUAAAGCUAUCAAGCACAAUUUUGGUAGAAAGGUAACUGGUAAUGUAUUAAUUAAAGAAGCAAACAAAAUUCUUCAAGAAGUUUAUGGAUUAUCACUUGAAGAUGUAUCAUCGAGCACAGAUAAACAGAAAACAAAACCCGAAAGUGAUCAACCAGCUACAAAGAUGAGAAAAACUAGUGGAAAAGGGCCAUAUGUAAUGGUUAGCACUUUACUGGUUCAAUCAAGAAAUAUAUUAGGAGAAUUAUGGAAUAAAGAUUUACGAAUAAGUUUCAAGAAACCAGAUCUUACCAGUAAAGGGUUUUUCUUACCAUUAUAUGAAAAAACUCCAGCUCCAGGAUCACAUUAUGAUUUGGUUAAAACUGGGAUUAUGUUGUUGAUAAUUUCCAUGAUUAUACUAAAUGAGAAUCAUAUCCAAGAAACUAUAUUGCUCACGAAAUUAAAAAAAUUUGGUAUUUCAGAUAACCUCAAUCAAAAGAAUAGUAAUAUUAAUAUGAAUUCGAAAGAUUUACUUAAUGAUCUAACAGAUAAGGAAUAUUUGCUGAGAAAGAAAUUAAAAGGAAGAACCGAACUGGAAGAUAUUCACGAUUAUUCAUUGGGUAAACGAUCAUUAGCUGAAUUUACACCACAAGGAGUGUUUGAAUAUAUCAAGAUCAUUUAUGGCGAUUCUUAUAAUAGCACGAUUGCAGAGAAAACAUUAGUUACUAUUGAAAAGGCAUAUGGUGUGGCGUUGAAUGAAGCCGUCGAUAAUAAUAAUAAUAAUAACAAUGCUGACACAAAUGAAGAGCAAGCGGAAGAAUAA